AUGCCCCCGCCAGGUUCGGUGCCCUUGUUGGGCCCAGAUGAUUGGGCGCGUUUGGCUCGGCCGGAGCCGCAGCAGCAGCAGGAGCAGGAGCAGGAGAAGGAAGAGGGCCCACCGAAGAAGAUGUUUGUAGAAGCGCAGGAACCCGACAGGCGCGAGCGCGAGCGCCGCCGCCAGCAGAAGCAGCAGGAGCAGGAGCAGCAGGAGCAGCGACCCCAACCGACCGGGGAUUUUUGUCUCGUCCUCGGGCGUAUGUCCAGCUCGGUCUCCGACCAGAAGAAGAAAUCGGAGAGGGCCAAUGGCCGCCUGCUUGGGAGAAGGCUUGGCGAGAACGCCUACCAUCCCCGUCAAUUCCAGCAGGUCAUUGGGACCUUCGGUGUUCAGACAUCCGGAGACACGGUCCGAUGGGAGGGCGCUCCCGGAGGAUUUGAGACAGAAAUCCGCAACGCGAUCAUGGGACUCCUCAAGGGCUGCAACUUGACGGUUCUGAUUAGGUCGAUCGAUGGCCUAACCAGCAAUGGCGAAGUUUUCUGGAACUUCGUCGAUUUCUUCAGCCGUCAUGUAAAGUUGCAGAUCCUAUGGCAGUGUUCCAUAGUUUGCGAGGAGACGGACCAUCCUCGCCUGGUAGGAUACCGGGGAUUGGGUUCGGUGCUGGAUAUCCCAAUGGAGGAGUUUAUGGCCUUCGUUCAAUCCGACGGCGACGUACGCACCCCGAAUGUUAGAAGGCUUCUCCAGAUUUGGUGGAACGUCAACAACAGGAAGGGUCUCGCUCAGCUGGGAUAUCCGCACCGCAACGAGGUGCCAGAUAGCAACCAGACCGCCGCCAGGCGCGUCUGACUAACCUCUCGACAAUCCAACCCAACCUCAGGUAUACCUAGACAGGCAUGGUCGCGAUCUCGCGGAUAAGAGCUUGGCAUUUUCACAUACUCGCGCAGUCCCAGCAGUGUAGCAUCAUCCAUCUCUUCAACAUGGUGGGGAGGUCUUCACCUGGGGCUCUUAGCUGUGGCCCGUCACACCCAGCACCACCUCUCUCGUCUACUCAAGCCACCCAGACAGCGUGCUGAUGAUCUGAAACCCGCAUGGGG